AUGUCUGAAAAUCUUCAUUUUGAUACUCUUCAAUUACAUGCUGGUCAAGAAGCUGAAAAGCCACAUAAACCAAGAGCUUAUCCAAUUUAUGCCACAUCUUCAUAUGUUUUUAAUGAUUCUAAACAUGGAGCUCAAUUAUUUGGUUUAGAAGUUCCUGGAUUUAUUUAUUCAAGACUUCAUAAUCCAACUGUUGAUGUUUUUGAACAAAGAAUUGCUGCUUUAGAAGGUGGUAUUGGAGCUGUUGCAACAUCUUCUGGUCAAGCUGCUCAAUUAAUUGCUGUUACUGGUUUAGCUCAUGCAGGUGAUAACUUUAUUUCAACUUCAUAUUUAUAUGGUGGUACUUUUAAUCAAUUUAAAGUUGCCUUUAAAAGAUUAGGAAUUGAAGCAAGAUUUGUUAAUGGUGAUAAACCAGAAGAUUUUGAAAAAUUAAUUGAUGAAAAAACUAAAGCUAUUUAUCUUGAAACUAUUGGAAAUCCAAAAUAUAAUGUUCCAGAUUUUGAAGCUAUUGUUAAAAUUGCUCAUAAACAUGGUAUUCCAGUUGUUGUUGAUAAUACUUUUGGUGCUGGUGGUUAUUUAGUAAAUCCAAUUAAGCAUGGUGCUGAUAUUGUUGUUCAUUCUGCUACUAAAUGGAUUGGAGGUCAUGGUAAUACUAUUGCUGGUGUUGUUAUUGAUUCUGGUAAUUUCCCAUGGACUGAAUAUCCUGAAAAAUUUCCUCAAUUUUCUAAACCUUCUGAAGGUUAUCAUGGAUUAGUAUUGAGUGAAGCUUUAGGUAAAGCUGCAUUCAUUGGUCAUGCUAGAAUUGAAUUAUUAAGAGAUUUAGGUCCAACUUUAAAUCCAUUUGGAGCCUUUUUAUUAUUAACUGGUCUUGAAACUUUAUCAUUACGUGUUGAAAGACAAUCUUAUAAUGCUCUUAAAUUAGCUCAAUAUUUAGAAAAAUCUCCUUAUGUUGCUUGGGUUUCUUACUUAGGUUUAGAAUCUCAUCCAAGUCAUGAAUUAUCUAAAAAAUAUUUGAAUCAUAAGGGUCAAUAUGGUGGAGCUCUUUCUUUUGGUGUUAAGGCUUUACCAGCUAAAGAAGGUGAUGAUGAUUUUUCAGCUGCUUCUGUUAAAGUAGUUGAUGGUUUAGAAAUUGCUUCUAAUUUAGCUAAUGUUGGUGAUUCAAAGACUUUAGUUAUUGCUCCAUGGUUUACAACUCAUCAACAAUUAUCUGAUGAAGAAAAAGUUAACUCAGGUGUUACUAAGGAUUUAAUCAGACUUUCUAUCGGUACUGAAUAUAUUGAUGAUAUAAUUGCCGAUUUUGAUCAAUCCUUUAAAAAAGUUUAUCAAUAG